GGCGAAAACCCUGGGGCAAAACCGGAUGCUGUCACCUUCAAUACAGUCAUGACUGCUUUUGGAAAGAGCCGACAACCCAAUGCACCAUACUAUGUCGAGGACCUGCUACGUGAAAUGCACGAAGAGUACGUGAAAACAAGGGACCCCAGAAUAAGACCCACUUCCCGAACAUACAACAAUUGUGUAAAUGCAUGGGCACAAAGCACUCUUCCAGGAAGCGCAGCCCGUAUUAUGGAGUGGAUUGUUCACAUGCAAUCGAACGCAGAACGGGAAGGAAGACGAUAUCUGGGCCCGAACAAAUGGACGUUCAAUGCUUUUUUACAAUCAUUGUCCAAAAGUGGAGAGCCUACAAUUGGCGAAGAUGCUGAGGAAGUAUUGAAUCAAAUGAUGGAAUACUAUCGGAAAGGAUGGACUGAACUCAAGCCUGAUGUUCUGACCUUCACCACCGCCAUUCAUUGCAUUGCAGUCAGCGGAAAGCCCGAUGCUUUGGAGCGUUCGUUGGCCAUUGUGAGGCGAAUGGAGGACUUCCAUGAACAGGGCUUUGGCGAUGUUCGCCCGAACUGCUACACUUAUAACUGUGUCAUCAAUGCUGCUGCAAAGUCUCGUCGCCCGGGAAAGCCCAAAUUGCCCUACAACUCUUGCGAAGGAUGCAAGAGGUAG